UCUUACUUGCAUUUAUUACUCGUCUUCUUCAUUGGUAACCAAAACUGCAAUUUUUUUUUAAAUAUUUCUUCCACCAAAUUCCAAAUUUCCAUCUCCCAUUAAUACUCUACGGCUACUCUCUCUAUAUAAUAGGAAUUACUUUUUCUCUACCUCAUAAUUCUCUAUUCUUUUACUUUUCGCAUUAACAUCAGCCAUGGCCGAAACUUCUACUCAGCUCAAAUCAGAUGCUAUAUUCGAUCAAUUGAAACUUCAUCUUUCUACUGAUGCUGGCAAGGAACUCAUUAAGAAAAUUGGUCUCGUUUACCAAAUCAACAUCGCACCUAAGAAAAUUGGAUUCAAUGAGAAGGCGUAUGUUGUUGAUCUGAAAAAGGGAGAAACAAAGGAAGGGCCAUACGAAGGUGGGAAGCCUGAUGCAACUUUUUCAUUUACUGAUGGUGAUUUUGUGAAGAUUGCCACUGGGAAAAUGAACCCUCAAAUUGCUUUUAUGAGGGGUGCGAUGAAGAUUAAGGGAAGCAUAAGUGCAGCUCAGAAAUUCACACCUGAUAUUUUCCCUAAGCCUUCAAAGAUGUGAACGAAUCUGCUGAAAUAUCAGUAGAAAGACUGUUCAUUUAGGUUUUCUUCUCUCGAGUCACAAAAUCAGAUAAUACGAUAAGAAAUUAUGGGGGAUUUAUAAUGUAUCUGUCUGUUCUUAGGUAUAAUUAUGUGUUCCUUUAUAAUGUAGUAAUGAAAUUCUGGGCUUAUUUUAAAGGAACUGAAAUAUAAAUGUCCGCAUUUUACUAUGGCAGAUUCGCUGUUAGAGCCUUA